UUUCAAGGCAGGUGAAUGGAUGGAUGGAUGCGCGCACCGGUAUUUUCCCAGGCGCAUCCGAUCGUUCGUUCGAUCAGGUGGGCGGAUGGCGCGACUGGGGAUAUGCCCCUCUGCUCUUCCACGUUGUAUCCGCCGCCGUGGCUCGCCUGACGAUCGCUUUUCAUUUCGUUACGGAUCUGCCUCGCAAUCGGUUAGUGGGACGGCAGCCUGGUCGAUCUCGCUUUCUGUUCGCUCUCGUGCAUGAAACGACAACUAAACGUCCGUCGAGAGUGAACUCCGCCAGCGUACGAUAACUGGACGAUGUCGAGAAUUACGUGAAGCCGAGGUCGCGGAUGCACGGCGAUCCUUGUUGCUUCAACCAGUCGAGGCGAUGCGCCUCGAAUGCCAGACAAGUGCGAUAAUCGUCACGAGAGAGAAAGAGAGAAAGAGAGAGGGAGAGAGAUGAGCGACGGGACGACGACGUUUGCGUAAUAGCGUGAUCGAAUCAUCGGUGCGAGGCAGGGAAUGUCCGUUGCUGAAUUGAUCGAGUUUAUCGGGGAAUCGCUGAAGUAGUCUCUCGCGGUCGACUUUGUUCCGUCGCGCUCGGAAGUGUGAAAAGUGACAGCGACGACGAUGCUGCGCUCCGUCGGCACGAUUUUCAUCUGCUGCCUCGUUGCGAGGACAGGAUGCGUCUACAACUGCCGAGAUCAAGAUACGGGUUGGGAGAAGGUUAGCGCAGCCAAGCCAGCGAAUUCUGUUGAAAGCCCAUUAUAUCGAAACGAUGCCGUAGGAAACAACGGUAUCGUCGCGCCCUGUUUCAACAGGUGCAAGAAACAAAAUUGCUCGGCGUUCGUGAUCGACUUUGCGAGGAACAUUUGUUACAGCGUGCAGACGAACGGCGAGGAGCUCGUUCCCGAGGCUAACGCUACUUUCUUUCAUAAGAUCUGCGUUAGAGCUCCUGCCAGCUGCAAGCAAGAGAGGUUGUGGCAAGUGGAGAGAACCUUGGGAGCUAUUUUGAAGGAUGAACACGCCCUGGUCUAUAACACGUCCUUACGGAGAAGCCAAUGUUACGAGGAGUGUUUGAAAGCGGGCGACGGCUGCGGGUCCGCGCAAUUCCGCACGAGUCAGCCUCUGUCGACCAACGACUCCGUCGGCACGUGUUGGCUAUCGAGGCUCGAGAGGGGCACCAAGCCGCAGGCCUACGGAACGUCCAUGUAUCGGGAUGAAUAUCUGCAGUCUCAGUGCCAUAACAUAUCAAAGAGGAGCUAUUGUUCCUACGCGGAAUUUCGGAACGUAACAUUGCCAUAUUCGGACGUUGCGCUACCGGGACUCGACGAUAAACGGUGCGAAGAGAGGUGCGAUCGCGGCAUGGACGGUUUCAUCUGCAGGGCCUACACCGUUGACCACAACGACAGGAAGAAGACGGUUUGUCAGCUGCACUCGGACGACACGAUCGCUCUCGGAGUCAGUUCGCUGAUUCCUAUGCGCAACGUGAUCUACAAGGAACGGGAGGCCUGCAUAGAUCUGAGAGUGCAAUGCCAAGAUUCGAUCAUGAUGGUGAUACUGACCACCGCGGAACCCUUCGAGGGAAGGAUGUACGUGAAUGGCCACGCGGAGACCUGCGGUGUUCAUGGCGACGGGAGAAAAGUGACUAUAUUGAAAAUAUCGCUGCCGAGUGUGGAACACCUCAGCGGAUCCGACAAGAUGUGCGGUCUCACGCCCGCCUUCUCUAUCGAUAAGCAAAAUAGAACGCACACGCUGGUAUGGGCCAUUAUUGUGAUACAGUACAAUCCGAUCAUUCAACGAUUAGGUGAUCAGUCGGUGAAAGUCGGAUGCUCGUUGGACGACUGCGAGGUUCCAGAGCCGAGGAAUGUAUCUGUUCACUCGAGUUUUUCCUUCUUGGACCCAAACGCAGGCAUACCGCCGAUUGCGUCAACCGUGGUGAAUGUGUCGUCGGAGGUGCCAAUAGUGACAAUGAGAAUCCUCAACGAGGAAAAUAAGGACGCGAUCGUCACGCAAUUGGGACAAAAGCUUACGCUCAGGAUAGAAAUCCAGCCUGCGAACGGUCCUUACGAUAUCAUCGCCGGACAUCUCGUAGCUAGUAGCGCAUCCGGGGACUCUUCUUAUCUUCUUCUUGACCAAGUCGGAUGCCCGACGGAUCCGGCGACGUUCCCCGCACUGUUGAAAGAUCCAACGGACAAUCGCUCCCUGAUCGCAACAUUCACUGCCUUCAAGUUUCCUGACAGCCAGAUUGUUCGAUUCAACGUCAUCGUUAGAUUCUGUUUCAAGGAGUGUAAGCCGACCGUAUGCAGAGGAGGGCAGAUCUCAUACGGCAGGAGACGACGAUCGACCGAGGAGACGACGGUCGCCGACGAGGUGACGGAAAUGUUCAAGAACCUCACGCCCACCGACAUGCCACUGCAGCUGUCCAUCGUUGUUCAAAGUCCCGUGAUAACGGCAGACUACUUGGUGUCCAGAGAUAAUGGAAUCCCUGACACCCUGCUAAUCGCCGGCGAAAGAUCCAUAGACGGCCUCUUCUGCGUGGACGCGGGUUUGGCUCUGGGUCUCUUGAUUUUCUGGCUAAUCAUCCAGAUUGCACUGACCGUUGGCUGCCUCCUGGCGGUCCGCCGCUACAAACGAAUGGCUGUAGAGGCCGAGGAGGACCGAGCCGAGAUAUUGGCGAGGCAUCUUUACGGGAUUCACGGAGGGAACUUUGAGAUCGCGCGACGAGUCAGAUGGGCCGAUCGGACCGGCUCGUCGAUCGAGUGAUCGCUCUUUCCGCCCUGAUCGAUCUCACGGAUGAAGACGGAUCGGUGUCUCGUGACCAAAGUAUCGUAGCUUCGAGAAGGGAGACCCAGCGCUUGCUUUUUUGCAUACUUAUAUAUAAAAUGCAUGCUUGAACCGUUCAAUAAAGUAUCGUGCUAUUUUUUAAUCAUAA